UCCUCGGAUCCUAAGACGUUUUCUGAAUCGCCAGGUCGUCAUGUGAAGUUUUUCACUAAAAUGCGGAGGUUCCAGCAACCGGUCCUGAGCUGCCGGACUCGGGGCUCCAAACAAGAAUCCUAGUUACAGACGCAAGAAGAUGGGUGAGCUGUGGCUCCAAUGGCCGGAGCAGCUACUCGGAGGAUCGGGUCUGGUCUUGAACCUGCAGCAACGCCCCCGGAGCGGGCACAAAGGCCCCGACGGCGACCGGCCGGGGCUGCCUAGCGCGCGGGAGCCGGCGCCAGAGCUCGCCUGCGGGCGUCCUAGUGGAGCCCCGAGCACCAUGCCGCGGCGCCUGCAGCCCCGGGUCACGGGCACAAAGGGCCCUCCCGCCACGGCUGCCGGAGCUUCGGGGGCCAACCGGCAUUGUCAUCCUGCAGCCUCCGGGGACCUCCCAGCGUCUGCCAAGCAGUUACUGCGUUGGGACGAGGUCCCCGACGACUUCGUGGAGUGCUUCAUCCUGUCGGGCUACCGGCGCCUGCCAUGCACGGCGCAGGAGUGUCUGGCCUCGGUGCUGAAGCCUACCAAUGAGACGCUCAACUUCUGGACGCACUUCAUCCCACUGCUGCUGUUCUUGAGCAAGUUCUGUCGCCUGUUCUUCCUGAGCGGCCGCGAUGUGCCCUUCCACCACCCGUGGCUGCUGCCCCUGUGGUGCUAUGCGUCGGGUGUUCUGCUGACCUUCGCCAUGAGCUGCACGGCGCACGUGUUCAGCUGCCUGUCGCUGCGCCUGCGCGCCGCCUUCUUCUACCUGGACUACGCGUCCAUCAGCUACUAUGGUUUCGGCAGCACAGUGGCCUACUACUACUAUCUGCUGCCAGGCCUGAGCUUGCUGGACGCCAGAGUCAUGACCCCGUAUGUGCAGCAGCGCCUCGGCUGGCACGUGGACUGCACACGCCUCAUUGCCGUCUACCGAGCGCUGGUGCUGCCGGUGGCCUUCGUGCUGGCUGUCGCAUGCACGGUGGCCUGCUGCAAAAGCCGCACCGACUGGUGCGCCUAUCCGUUCGCCUUGCGCACCUUCGUCUUCAUCAUGCCGCUCAGCAUGGCCUGCCCCAUUAUGCUGGAGAGCUGGCUCUUCGACCUGCGUGGCGAGAACCCAACGCUCUUCGUGCACUUCUACCGUCGCUACUUCUGGCUGGUGGUGGCCGCCUUCUUCAACGUGAGCAAGAUCCCCGAGCGCAUCCAGCCAGGCCUCUUCGACAUCAUCGGCCACAGCCACCAGCUCUUCCACAUCUUCACCUUCCUCAGUAUCUAUGACCAGGUGUACUACGUAGAGGAGGGCCUGCGCCAGUUCCUCCAGGCCCCACCUGCUGCGCCCACCUUCUCGGGCACCGUGGGCUACAUGCUGCUGUUGGUGGUUUGCUUAGGGUUGGUCAUCAGGAAGUUCCUAAACAACCCCGAAUUCUACAGUAAAAAGUGAGCCUCCGCCAUGGAGGAGGCUACUGGUUUGCCCGCCUGUUUGUUUGGAAUUUAUGUUGUUGCUGUUGUUGGUUUGUUUUCAAGUUUUCUUGUGUUUCCUUCUUUGCUCAAGGAGGGUGCUGCAAAACCACAAGGGAAAGGUCCACUGCUGCUAGGGGAUCCUAGCCCACUUGGGGCUGAGGAAAAGGAAGAGAGAGGGAUCAAAUAGGAGGCAGAGGGCCACAAUAGUUCUUGCCCUUGGAAAAAAAGGCAGGUGGUGUCUUUGACAUCUGGAGAUUUUGCAAAGACAGAGAAUAAAAUCCCAAAUAAAACCCCAGUUUGCUUUUCCAGUUGUCUUCUGUGUCAGUGGUGAUAACAAGAAGCCUUUGUGAGGUCAGGUAUGCAAUAAGGAGGAUAAAUAGAGAGAAUCCCUGGGUACUUCCAUUUCAGUCUGAGGAAUGCUUGGAUUUGUCAAAGAAUGGAGCUUUGUAGGAAACGGGCACAAAGACACAAACCCAGGGCUUAACCUGCUAGAAAAUGCAUGGAAUGUGAACACAAGUUAAUUAUUUGAAUACGUUUCUCAGAUGUUAUUUAAAUAAUAAUAUAUAUGAUGAUUUUGCAUAACUUAUCAAAGCCUGUGAUAUGCACUGAAUUUUCUUUGUCACAUAGUUUUGAAUUUUGUAGCCUUUUGCAUUGCAAACUUGAACUGGACAUCAGGGCAAGCUGGUUGAGAGUACUCAAUUACUUUUUUAAACAGUGUUUUCUGAAGGCCUAGGAGUGUCAAGAUACAACUGUGAAUGACUACCUUAGGGACUCUGGUUAGACUAUUGGUGAGGCGCUCAAGUGGUUUAUAGAGAUCCCAGAUUCCUAUUUACUUUAUUCCACAAAACCCAUCCUGGCUUUUUUGUUUGUUUGUUUUGUUUUUAAUCUUAUUCUUUUCUUCUCUAUUUGUUUAAAUUGCCACUGGAAUAAAUGUGCCUUUUAAAGCAAUGCCCAAAUGACUGGUCCUCAGACACAGUUUCUUGCAUCAGGAAAGCAGCAGGAAUAAGCUUUUCUUACUUUACUGCAAAUCAGGGUUUAACAUUCCACCCAGGAGGGAAGGAAGGUGGUGUUGGUUUUGAGUGUUUGGUAGAACCAGAAGUGGCUUACACGGGCAUGCAGAGCAUUUGGCUUCUCUAUUGAGAGAAGAAGCCAACCCACUAAUGUGACCACAGUUCCUAAUUCAGAUGUCGGGGAGGGUGAGAGGACACUGACACUGCCCAUCUCUGUUUAAAAUUAAAACUGUAAUAUUCAGGAAUAUUUAUGUUAUGAAAACAGGAGCGUAUUACUUAUUUAUGUUAUGAAAACAGGAGCAUAUUACUUAAGUAGUAACUGCAACUUUUGAGUUAAAUGAGAUUACACUUGCCCAGUUAAAUACUAAAGCGUCAUCCGGGUCCAGGGUAUGGAAGUGAUUGGCAGUCACCCUAAAUCAUUGAAAAAUUAAUGAACACACCCCAAGAUGCUUUCUAAUGAUCUGAUUGGCCAGUGUUAUUCAGACUCGAUUAACAGAAACCACUGAGGUAGCUUAUUUAUAUACUUAACACUCUUGGUAAGUCGUUUUGGUUAAGAGCCAAAUAAGUCUGUGAAUAGAGAGUCUUGACCUCAUGGCAUAAUUUAGAUCAAGCACAGAAAAUAGAUGAACACUUACCUCAGCACUGGUAGGAUGGUGCUCCUAGAAAGAUUGCUGUUUUUGUUUGUGUUUUUAAUAGCCACUAGAAUUGUAAACAGAGAAGCUCAGCACAAUUCCCUGGAGGAACCAGUAUCCUUGAAUGUGUUAAUUUGCACACAGAAGUCAAAUUUAUGUAGGUCUAUAUUUGAUUUAGGACCUCUUAAUGGGCUCUUCAAUACACUUUGCACAGUUCCAGAGGAGUGUCAGUGUCUACCCCUUUGCAAAGUGCAAGAAGAGUGCCUGUUAAGUUACGAAGGCUGGUGAUUUGUUCUCAGCACAGAUGUUAUUCCUCAGCUGUAACUUAAUUCCAUACACGUGUUCAAGGACAGCUGUGGAAAUCAGGAUAUUUCCACAUGCAAACUUAUUUGCAUGGUAUUGUCAUCUCCUCUAGAGCCCCAAAGAAUGUUGAUUCGGAAACUAGAGAAACAGGUUGAAGAGUAUCUUGCAGCUCCCCUGUCAAAUGGGACCUCCCUUUCAGAAGGAGGGAGACUUCUGAAAAGGAUCCAUGGAUUUGAGAAUAAGAACAAUCCUGGCAUUUAUCAUUUUAAAUUUUUUGUUGGAGAUUUUCUGGAUCCACAAACAGAAUUCUCUUCUUGCCCUGUGUCUUUGUCCUUAAGCAAGGGCCACUUAGGGAUAAAAUUAUACCCCUAUCAUUUUCAAGUGAUUAUGAUGCAUGAGCCAGUGAGAUGACACACUUUUCCCUGGGAAGGUUAAACUGCCCAGUCUGUUCCAGAGAGAACCAGGACUCCUUUUCCUCUUUCCUUUGCCUCUUCCUUCCCCCGUGUCCUUCCCUCCCCAUUCCACUUUAGAUGUUAUAUACCACACGUACCAGUAAAGGAGGACAUUCUAGUUGACAACAGUGAUUGGACUUCAUGUCAUGUUUGCAAACAGGUACCACAUAUGCUAAGAUCAGGAACAAUUUGUUUAUCUGUGUUAUUUGCUAAAUGACAUCAGAUUUCUGUUAGGAGAGACAAUUCUAUUUUAGAAGCAAAUGUUUACUGAGUCUCCACAUUUGCAUGGAACUAUCCAUGUAUAUUGCACAUUUCAAGGGUAACGUGGCAAUCAGAAUAAAACAUCUUUAAAAACAUUUUUUUCACACUCUUUAUUUUGCCACAUCUAUUAAAAUUCAGUUUCACUUUAUUAUGCUCAGUUGUUCAAAAUACAGGACAAAUUAUAAAUAAGAAUUCACUCCAUUAUCUUUGCACAAUCUACUCUGGCAGUAGAAUUUUGCAGCAUAUUAUGUAAUGCUUUUUAUUUUUACUUGUUAGUCAUGAUCUAGAUGACAUCUCAAGGAGCAGCACCAUAGAGUCAUUCUUGGGAGAAGAGGAUGUUUGACUUCUGUGCCUGUCACCGGUGGGUGGGUCCCUGGGGCUGACUCAGGCUGACUCAGUAGUUUAAAAGGUUUCCUUUCUUCUCUGCCCUUCUUGCAGCUCAGGUGAAAAGGGUGACCUUCCCAGGGAGAGGAAGUGGAGCUCUUUGGUCUUGUCAUGACUUGUAAAAAUAAAUGUGAUCUUUUCCACUGGCCAUACGCUUUCUAUAAAUAACCCAGGGAGAAAGUGUGGGGCUACAGAGCUGGCCAGGGUGGCCUUCACAUGUUUCCAUUCAUAAAUCCUGUAAGUGCUUGCAGUCAGAAAACCGUUAAGCCUCAUUCAUCAUUGCCACUUCCUGGGAACCAUUUCUAAGAAUGUAGAAUUUGAAGACGGAGGUGAUUUUUAUAUUUUUCUGGUAUGGUGCUGAAUCUGAGGGCUAGCAGCAAUAAUAAAUCGGGAUUUUUAAAAUAUUUGAAUCUCACAACUUUAGUUAGUCUGCACAAGCAAGAGACAGGUUUGAUAGAAGUUAUCUUCAAGAUUUUACCAUGGGUCCAAGGGGACAGAAUUGUGUUUUCAAACUGAUUGUAGGAUGUGGGGACAGUUAUGCACUCCGUCGUGUUUUCUAGCCUGCACAACUUUGAUACCUGCCCAAGCACAGAGACCCUAACUGCAUGUAUCACAUAUAAUAUAUGGGUCUCUAUGUUCCUUUAAUUGAUUGCAAUUUUUAAAUAGAGCAAAAUAAGAAAUGAUCGUUUUUGAAAUCAGAUUACAAAAUCCAACAAAAUGCCAUCAGUCGAGGUUUGUCUUUGUGACUUUGUCAGUGUCUUUGGUUGCUGUUUAUGCCUUCAUUCAUGUAAUCCCUGAGUGAUCAUUGACCACCUACUAUAUGUAAGCUAUUGGGCAAAGAUCCAUAUUGUCACAGCCAUUACUUUUUUUUUCUCCCUUGUUGGAAGAGAAUUAGAAGUUUGGGUCUUCUCUCCUUUCCAUUAGCAUAAGCGCAAUACAUAGGAUCGUAUUUCAAUUAACGUGCUAAUUUGCCUGCAACCAAUUGUUUUUCCUGUCUGCUUCUAAGCCUUUGGUUAAGAAUGACUUGAAAAUUUAAUGUACAAUCCAGGUAAAGGGAUAGUGUGCCCACGUGCAGAACUGAAAAAUUUAUCACCACUAUUAAUUAAUAAAGAUACUACUAAUAAUAAAGAUUGGAAGGUUAAUAGUAUUCAUAUCAUUAUGAAGUGUGAUUCAUUCAAAGUGCCUAAAUUAUGAUGUCAUUAAGUGAAUUUCAUAGAGAGUGUAAUAAAGUUUAAAAAAAAUACA